GUGUGUGUGUGAGACCAUCAGUGCGACUUUAACUUAACUCCAAAUGGCUUUGUGCCCCUUCAAGCACUGCUCUUCCUGAGUCUUGUUACACUUGUGGACCCCAAAAGUGUUUGGUCGUGGUGUGUGAGCAAGCUCCACAAGUGGAAGGAAGCGGAAUCCUUGAUUCGCUACCUUUAUUUGAACACUCUUUUUGCUACUCAAAUUCAACACAGUAAGAAAUCAUAUGUGACUUUGAAUCGUUGCAAGAUGGCGGAAAUCCCGUUAGUGUCCGUCUUUUUGCUGACGCCACCUCACCGCCGCGGGCGCGAGUUGAUGACGUCAAAAGAAGCCAAGGCGCAUGAGAGACCCAAUCCCGACUCGCCUGGAAGCGACCGCAUUGUGCAAAUGUUGGGCUUCGACGGAAGCCGCGUGUGGCCGCUGAAGCGUCUCGCCCGGCCGAGCUUAGCUGCUCUUAGCUUAGCUUAGCCUAGCCUAGCCUAGCCUAGCCAGGCUUGCUACCGAAAGACGCGCCCUUGUGAUCGGCCGCCGGGCGGCACUGCAGUGGAAGUCGUGUGAAAAUGUGCGCAACAAGGACAGCGGAGUGCGAGGAGGGGAUUUGUGGGGCCAAAGAUGACAAGGAGCGACAAGGGCUCGACGCCGUUUGCGAGACGCAGCAGCAGCAACAACAACAGCAGCAGCAGCAACAGCAGCAGCAGCAGCAGCCAAGAGUUCACAGCGCAGGGCCUCUUCGCGUUAAGGAAGAAGAGCAGGAGGAGCACGUCACCAGGUGGCCAUCCGCCGGUGUCCCGCUCAAGAGUGAAGGCGAUGGAGACGAAGGUCCAGGCGGAGGGGCGGAGCCUCCCGGCGGCAGCCAGUCCAGUCGACGUGUGACAACGCGAGGUGACGGAGCAUCGUCCCCUGCGGAGGAGGGACUCUCUGCGCCGGUGUCAGGUAGCGAUGACGACGAGGAGGAGGAGGCGGCGGCAGCACGCUCUCCUCACGCUCGGGAGGGCCAUGACGACCAUGGCUGUGAAGAUCACGUGAGGUGCCGCGCUGACGCCAAACGCUGGCAAUGUUCCCAGUGUGGCAAAACCUACGCCUAUAAGGGCAGUUUGAAACAGCACGUGAGAAUGCACACUGGAGUGAAACCUUUUGCAUGCUCACUUUGUGGCAAGCGAUUCUCGGAGGCCAAAAUCUUAAAACUGCACACCAGAACGCACACUGGAGAGAAACCUUUUGCGUGCUCACUUUGCGGUCAAAGCUUUUCUCAGAGGGGAACUUUAAGCAGUCACGCCAGGAUACACACUGGAGAGAAACCUUUUGCAUGCGCCUUUUGCAGCAAAAGAUUUUCUCACAAGAGAAGCCUGGCAACACACGCCAGAACCCACACAGGAGAGAAACCCUUUGCCUGUUCAGUUUGCGGCAAACGAUUUCCAGAGAAGGGAAACUUAAAACGACACACGGGAACGCACGCCAGAGAGAGAUCUUUAGCCUGCUCGGAUUGCGGUCAGAGGUUUGCGCAAAAGGAAGACUUGAAACGACACGCCGGGAUCCACGUUGUCAAGAAACGUUAUACGUGUACAGUUUGCGGCAACACUUUCUUUAAUAAGGGAAAUUUGACAACGCACACCAGAAUACACGCUGGGGAGAGAGCCUUUGUCUGAUGAGGCCAAUCAUUCAUUCAUUCAUUCAUUCAUUCAUUCCCUGGAGGGAGGAGGCCAUUGGACACGUCUGGACCCGUAGCUUUUAGUGGUGGCUGGACCCUCUUCAAAUCUCACACGAUGAGCAACGAGUGCUCCAUGUUACGUAUUGCACCGGGAACACACUUGAGAGAAAAGGUUGUAGAGCUCAUCUUAAUAAAAUCCAACUCUUCAAACACU